GUCAUAGCCCCCAAGAAAUCUCAGGCGCGCACGCGCUUUUGGAAAGUGUGUGAGAAAAUGGCAGACGUCUCUCUGGAUGAAGUUAUACGACAGCGCCGUAUUAACGUCAAGGCUGCAGCGAAAAGGCCAGCGUUUGGACGAGGUUCAGGAGGAGAUGGGAAAAGUUUUGAUGCCAGACAGAAGAUUGGAGUUAAUGAUGUGAGACAGAGGCUUGGAGGAGGCACAGGUUUUCAAGUAAAAGAUGCCAGAGAGAAGCUGGGGCAGAAAGAUGCUCGUUUCAAAAUCCGUGGCAGGGGAGGAGCAGGAGUGGUGCAAGAUGCACGUCAGAUGAUCAACUCACGCAAGCAGGGACAGAGUCAGUUCACCGUCUCUGCAUCGACCACACUAAAGACAGCAGUAACGCAACAUUUACAGAGCCAAACGCUUGUGCCGCAGAUACAGAUACACACCAACAACAAUCUUGCUGGUGUGAAUACAAGGCAGUUUGGUUCAAAUGCACAAGGACCAAGUCCAAAGGCCAGUGCAGUGCCACAGCUGAGCAAUAAUGCAAGAAUGAUGGAUGCUCGUGAUAGGCUGAGCCUCAAGAGGAGCAUUGGAGGGACACAGACACAAGCAGCAGUUGCACCACCUUUAAAGAUAACUAAGACCAUCCAGCAACGUCCAGCAGGGAUGUUAGGAGGAAUACGUGCUGCUACACAGCCUACUCUAAAUGAGCAUGAUGGCGCCCCAAAUAAACAGUUAAAGAUCACAACUGCAAACAAUUUGUUACAAUCUCGGCCUGGUACGGCAGGCUCAGCUUUCUCCAUGUCAGCCCCGAUCACCAAGGUGGUUAAAAAUGAUGCUUACACGGCCCCACGGCCCGCUGUUCCUGUGGCUUCUACUCGGCCCACUACCAGCCUGGCUGCCACUCGAUCUUCAGCUGCAGCCUUACAGCCAGUCUCUAGGACUCUUCAGCAAAGCACAGCAGAAACCAGUGCAACAGCUCCUACUCCUCCUCAGCCUACUUUUAGCCCUUUGGAGGGGACAAAAAUAACAGUGAACAACCUGCAUCCCCGAGUCACUGAGGAGGACAUAGUGGAACUGUUCUGUGUGUGCGGUGCCUUGAAGCGAGCACGGCUGGUGAAGGUAGGCGUAGCUGAAGUGGUGUUUGUCCGUAAAGAGGACGCCGUGAGCGCAUACAGGAAGUACAACAAUCGCUGCUUGGACGGCCAACCCAUGAAGUGUAACCUUCAUAUUCAGGGAAAUGUCAUCACUUCUGAUCAACCCAUUCUAUUGCGACUCAGCGAUACUCCGGGUACAGGCAGCAGCACAAAGAAAGAAGGUCUGCCCCCCUCCUUAUCACGGCCCGCCGGUCAGCGUUCCUCCUCUCAGCCCACUCCAGAGGUGGACCCCCAGACCAUCCUCAAAGCUCUCUUCAAGUCCACUACACAGUCGACCUCCACCACUGAGCCUCCCAGCUCACAGGCCACUGCCUUUCGCAUCAAGAUAUAGCCCACGUCUAAAGUGAAAACAUUGUCUGUUCAUGUUAGUGCAUUCUCAGUGUUCUCAUUUUAAACUGUGGUGUUCACAUUGACAGCAGCCAGCACACAUUCUCAUGAAACUAAUUUUUACACAUUUGAUAUACAUGACUCAUGUGAACGUGAAAUUCAUCAUUCAUGCAUCCUGGUUUGGGUUUUAUCAGAAGUCACCGGUUGGUUUUGGAAACGGGGGAAAGUUUCAUAUGAUUUUUUUAAUCCGAUGUAGAGGUGGAGGAGGGGUAGUACCAAAUUUAAUUGCAAUGGGUGUUUUUUCUUUCUUUUUUUUUUUUGGUAUAUUAAGUGACAGUUUGAUUUAGUUUAAUAUAUAUCCCAUCAUCCCGUCAUUGCCGCUUUCCUCCAACUUCCAAAAGAGGAGGAGUUAAAAAAACAAACCCAGCCAAAACCCUUUGACUAAUUGACGACUGUGUGGUAGUGUUAUUCUUGAGAGUUAUGUAAUAUUUAAGGCUGAAUAUUCAUGCAGGUGUGUUCAUUUAUCUUAUCUGUGCUUCCCUUUGGGUUUAAUGAGUGUGUAUAAUGCAUUGGGGGGAAAAAUAUAUACAGACAAAACAAAAAACCAAACCUCUGUCAUGUCUGUUUUAUUAGGAAGGACAGUUUGGUUAAAGUGUGGGAAGAUGACUUAAAUUGAGCCCAAAGUGAUGCCAAAAUAACGGAAAAUACCUGCAAAUUGGGGACCGGCGUAAACUACAUAAUACCAUAAUAACUUCAGUAAGCUAGCUCUCAAAGGGACAUGUCAAUUUAUUUGGUUUUAACAUUCUUGUGGCAUCCAGACUCGUAUGCUCUGUGACUGGUUUUUGCUUGAUGGUCAACAUGUUUAAUUCUUUCUAUUAUUACUCUUGAUUUGUGUUGAAAGACUGUAAUUUACGUUCUACUGCAUUCUUGGUAUGUCAUGCAAGACGAGACAAAGUGGUAGGAUGUGUCUGAAAUGUCACCAUUAAAUAUUUAGCUUUGUA